AUGGGAUUCUCCUCUUCUGUACUCCGCUUCUUGACAUCGGUGAUCGUCACUAUUCGGCCGCAUUCUCGCGGCUUCACUGAUAGCAACCGAGCAUGUGCACCCAACAAGUUCGCACUCCGGACCCCAGACUUCGUCAUCAUGCCAGUCUUCCACGCCGCUGUAUCGAGUGAGCAUGUUGUUGCAGCCUUUGAAUCUCAAGUCAAAGGCCGGGUCUUUGUUAUCACUGGCGCCGGCCAGCCUAACUUAUCCGACCACGACUCAGUACGGCAUGCUGCCACCAAGAUUAUGGAGGCGCUUGGGUCUAAGAUCGAUGUCGUCAUCAAUAGUGCCGGAAAUAUGGCCUUAAAGGACUAUACGGUAGACAAACAUGGCAUCGAGAUGCAGCUGUCUGUCAAUCACGUCGGACACUUCCUGUUAACUAAUUUACUAAUGCCUGCUCUCGAGAAUGGGGGCCGGGUGGUCAAUAUCACUAGUGCAGGCUACCAAAUAUCGCCUGUUCGUUUUGAUGAUUGCGCCUUUUCCGGCGGCAAGAACUAUGAUCCAUGGAGUGGCUAUGGUCAGGCUAAGACCGCUCAGAUAUCAUUCACACACGGCCUAACCAAUCGACUCAAGCAGCGAGGCGUCAUCUCAUUUGCUUGCCACCCCGGAUCCAACCUCGAUACUAAGCUUGGUUCUCAUCUAGUCAUGGAUGACUAUGCCGACAUCAUUCCAAUAACUAAGCGCAAUACUGGCAAAGAUUUUGUUUUUGUUGUUGGAGAUGAACCCAGGUUCAAGACGUACGAGCAGAUUGGCGCUACGCCUCUCAUUGCUGCACUUGAUCCUAAUCUUGCUGUACUGUCUGCUGUCCAGAACUGGCUCCUCGACGAGGAUAUCUGUGAUCGCAUCUCUUUUACUCAGGCAAAUUUCUUCGAGCCCCAGAAAUACAUGGGUGCCUCCGCGUACUUUAUUCGCCAAUGCACGCACAACUGGGCUGAUCACGACUUUGUUACCAUACUAAAAGCCGUGGUACCUGGGUUAGAGGGCUCGGCUCCAGGGACCCCUUUGCUGAUAAAUUGUAUGAUUCUCCCGGAGCCGGUAUCAAAGGUAUCUCGCAUCUGGGAGCGCGAAAGACGGCAGGCUGAUAUGGUGAUGUUGGUGUGCUAUGGGGCAAAGCAGCGUACUGUCAAGGAAUUCGAGGCUCUCUUGACAGAGGCGGAUUCUAGAUAUGUGAUUCGCAAAGUCCACGAGAAGGGCGCUCUGGGCCUUCUUGAGGUCUACCUAGAUUAG